AUGAAGGUCCUUUUCAUCCUUAGUGCGUGCCUUGCACUGGCACUGUCUAUACCACUCCGUGGUGGAUACGGUGGUGGUGGAUACGGUGGAUACGGUGGUGGUGGAUACGGUGGAUACGGUGGUGGUGGAUACGGUGGAUACGGUGGUGGUGGAUACGUUGGAUACGGUGGUGGUGGAUACGGUGGAUACGGUGGCGGCGGAUACGGUGGCGGUGGAUACGGUGGCGGAUACGGUGGCGGCGGAUACGGUCACGGUGGAUAUGGUGGAUACAUGGGCGGAUACGGUCGCGGCGGAUACGGUCACGGUGGAUAUGGUGGAUACAUGGGCGGAUACGGUGGCGGUGGAUACGGUCGCGGCUACGGUGGCCAUGGUGGCAGUUACGGUGGUCAUGGUCACGGUGGCUACGGAAUGCGACACCAUUAUUAA